AUGCUUAUGGAAGAUCGCGCUGGUGAGAAGAAAUUCAGGAACGACAUGUAUGCGAUGCAAUGGGUAUUCGAGAACAAGUUAGAUCUUGUGUUUGUUGUGGUCUACCAGAAGAUUCUUCAGCUACUUUAUAUUGAAGAAUUACUGGAGAUUGUCAAGAAGGAUUUUGUUGCGACGUUUCCUCAGCAGAUCAUUCAAAAGACACCUGUUACGUACGAAGGCAAGUUUACCAAGAUCCUUCAGGCCACGGAAAUGAAAUUCACGGAGAAACAUACACGCAAAUUUCCACGUGCUUUUAACGCAUCGAAGAAAGCCAAGGUGAAGGGCAUAACAUCCAAUACAGUCGGCAAGACAGCAUCAUCUUUGCGCUCGACGACGACUGCAGAUUCCAGUGGCGAUGGAAAUGACAGCCUUACAACCGACGGAAAAGACAGGAAUCUUGAGGAGCUGGAAUAUGAAGCCACACUUCGCUCGUCCAAGGGGCGGACGAUGCGGUCGGGUCCGCGACGUAAGGGAAAGGACAAGGGCGCAAAGGAGGCCACGAAUAGCGGCAAGAAAAUGACAAAAUGGGACGACACGAAGGUGUCCAAGAAGGAGGCGAAAGUGUUGGAUCGCUCCAAGACGACUACUGCCGAGGAGGAAGAGGCACAGCUUCGGGAGAAACGUGAUGCGUAUAUUGGAGAAAUGGAAGAUAGUGACUCAGACGAGUCUUCUGCCAGCGAAGAUGAGUCUGCGACUUCUUCAGGAGCGGAGUCCGAUUCCGUCUGGAGCUUUUCAAAAUCUCGUAUUGGUAAUUUCCUGAGCGCGGUGUCUGGCAAUAAAAUUCUUGGGCGGGAGGACUUGGAGCUUGUUAUCAACCCCUUGCAUGAGAUGCUGAUCAGCAAAAAUGUGGCUUCGGAAGUCGCUGAUGAACUGUGCGAAUCUGUCAUUACGACCGUUGUCGGCCAGAGGCUGGAGAGCUUCACGCGCAUCGCCACGGUCGUGCGCAAGGCGCUAGAGGCUGCACUGUUGCGCAUCUUGACGCCUAAGAAAUCUACUGAUGUGCUACGCGAGGUUUUGCAGGCAAAGGCAGAAGGUCGUGCAUAUAGCAUUGUCUUUGUGGGUGUCAAUGGUGUGGGCAAGUCCACCAGCUUGUCCAAAGUAUGCUACUACCUGAAAUCAAAGGGUGUGAACGUUAUGAUCGCUGCGUGUGAUACGUUUCGUUCUGGAGCUGUCGAGCAGCUGAACCAGCACGCUAAGGUGUUGGACGUGGAGCUCUUCCAGAAGGGUUAUGCCAAAGACCCGGCUGCUGUGGCUAAGGAGGCGAUCAAGUACGGCGCUGACAACGGUUACGACUGUGUGCUGAUCGACACGGCUGGUCGGAUGCAAAAUAAUGAGCCGCUCAUGCGCGCAUUGGCCAAACUUGUGUCCAAUAAUGAGCCCGACCUUGUUCUUUUUGUCGGAGAAGCGUUGGUUGGCAACGAUGGUAUCGACCAGCUGUCAAUGUUUGACCGGGCUCUCGCCGACUACUCGGACCGCCGCGAGCCGCACCGCAUUGAUGGCAUUGUAAUCACAAAGUUUGACACGAUUGAUGAUAAGGUUGGUGCUGCGGUGUCGAUGGUGUACAAGACCGGCCAGCCAAUCAUGUUUAUUGGUACGGGCCAGAAGUACACACACCUGAAGAAGCUGAAUGCACGCACAGUAUUGCGUCACUUGAUGCAGUAA